AAAUUGAUAGAAGAUCAAGAAGGAAGAAGAUGCUGAGGAUUCGAUUCCACUGAAAGAUAUGAUACGAGACGAACUGUCGCAAGAGGAAGUUAAGAGGGAGGGCUUGGAAGAGGACACACACACGGAAACAGACGACGACACUCCCAUGGAGCUCAGUCGCGAGGAAGAGAAAGAUGGAAAAAAGAAGAGAGACUACUCGAGGAAGAAGAAAUCUGAUUCUAGAACGUGUUCGGGCUCCGAGAGCGCCCCGGAGUCCCCGAGUGCGAGCGACGCCGAGAGACAGCACCGCCUGUGGAAGAAGAGCGUCAUGCUGGUGUACAGCCGACUGUGCGCACACAAGUACGCGUCCCUGUUCCUGCGGCCGAUCUCGGACGAGGAGGCCCCCGGGUACAGCGUGGUGGUCAAGCGGCCCAUGGACCUGUCCACCGUCAGGCGGAACAUCGACGCCGGUCACGUGAGGACUACGGCCGAGUUCCAGCGCGACGUGCUGCUGAUGCUGUCCAACGCGCUGCUCUACAACAGCAGCUCGCACAGCGUGUACGCGAUGGCGCGGGAGAUGCACGAAGACGCGCAGUGCCAGCUGGGCAUGCUGCUGGCGGCGCAGGCGCACGCGGGGCUGUGCGCGCCCCCCCGCCGCAAGCGCCGCCUCGACGCGCACGCGCACGCGCACGCGCCGCACAACAAGCACCACCGCGUGUGACCGACCAAUAUAUUCU